AUGAAACAUAAUCAGAGCUGCUGUCAGACACCUCCCAGUGUCACUGUUCAUACAAAAUCAAGUGCAUCUAGAUCAUAUCAACAAAAAAAAGCCCUUAGCCUUAAACGUCCUAAAUUUAAAGAUAGCCAGGAAACUUAUAGGAAAAACAUUAAUAAUAAUAAUCAUAAUAAUAAGCCAAAAUGGCCAAAAGGUUCAUGUCUUGUUAUUCAGCGUCAGGAAAUGACAGCUUUCUUUAAACUAUUUGAUGAUGAUUUAAUUCAAGAUUUCUUGUGGAUGGAUUGUUGCUGUAAAAUUGCAGACAAGUACCUUCUGGCAAUGACUUUUGUUUAUUUCAAGAGAGCUGGCUAUAGUAUAAAUGAACAUAACAGGCUUAAUUUCUUUGUUGCUCUGUACCUGGCAAAUACAGUUGAAGAAGAUGAUGAAGAGUCAAAAUAUGAGAUUUUCCCAUGGGCUUUAGGAAAAUCCUGGAGAAAGCUCUUCCCUGAUUUCUUAAUUCUAAGAGAUGAACUCUGGAGCAAGAUGGGCUAUAGGGCUAUUGUAAGCAGACGCUGCUGUGAGGAGGUAAUGGCUAUAGCUUCGACACAUUAUAUAUGGCAGAGGGAACGUUCUCUCCAUCACAGUGGAGCUACAAGAAACAAUAGCCGAGAUGAAGUACAGCUUCCUCGAGGACCUAAUGCCACACCUACAGAUUGUUUGCUUUGUGGGAAAAAAACAAGAUAUAUAAGGCUGGGAUUAUCAUCUUCUUCCUCCAAUGGUACACUGGAAAUUAUGGAACAACAUAUACCUCAGGGAUCUCAUGACUCUGUCCCAGCUGAUAAAAUACUUCUUGAGUCAUCUCCUCACUAUUAUUCCCAAGAUUGCAACAAUCUAUCCAACAAAGGAAGAAAAAGUAGCUAUACAAGCCAAGAUAAAGCCAUGGACUGGUUUACUGGAAAUGAAGAAUGAAAAAGCACUUCAGCCAACAAGUUUAUAAAGUAU